AUGCUUUGUUUGAGACAGGUUUGCUUGUUUACACUGAGACAUUACCAGGCUCGGACUCUGAGUAGUGAUCUGCUUUUGAGCCAGAUAAAUAGCUGCACCCAUGAAGAUGAAGUGUUCAGCCUUGUUGGAAGGAACAAGGCUAGGCUUUCUGAAAAACAUGUGGGAAUUGCUUUGAACAUGCUGUGGCAAUUGCAAAAUAAGAGGCCACUUCUCUCAAGGACUAGUGACUAUGUAAGAAAUCACUCCCAGUUUCUGACUCUCUGCAUUUUAGCAGAAAACAAGGUGGAACACAUGGAAGAUGAGGCCAUAGUAGACACUCUAUAUAGUAUUCUGAGGCUCAGUGUUGAAAACCAUGAUUCUCUAGUAGAAGUUCUUGUUACAGAAGCAUGGAAAAGAUUAGAAAGGCUUAGUUUGCCAGCUCUGUCUAAAUUUGCACUGUGUUUAUACAAGCAGCACAAACAUUUCAGUCCUGUAAUUGGCAAAGUAGCUCAUAUUGUGGAUGUGAAGCUGGAUUCUAUACAAGAUAUAAGGAUCUUGUCAGUUUUGAUGAUCAGCAUAUCUGAUGUUAUCUCACAGAGUUUCCGAGAUCGGUUACUACACAAGGCUGAACAGAUCUUGAAAGAAAAUUAUGAAGUCCACUUCAACUAUGCCAAAAGAAUACUACAGUUUCUUCAGAAUGUUAAAGUGAGACAUUAUCCAUUGAUAGAAAAAUGCAACAAGGUUUUCCUUAAAAGUGCCUCCCAUCUAGAUGUACACAGUAUUAGUCAUAUUUUUGGACUGUAUGAGCAGCUGGGUUUUGACAAUGCUGAAUUCCGCUUGGUUGCUAAACAGCUGCUGUCUGAAACUAUAGAUGAUUAUUAUGAUCCUGAAAGCUUUGCAAAAUUAUUUUUCACUCUUGGGCCUAUGGCAGGAUCCAAGGUAAGAGAAAGGUUGCUAGUAACUGCAGCAUCCAUGGCAGAAGAAUUUAGCAGUCAUCAGGUAUUGAUAAUACUCAAGACAAUGCAGAAAAUGAAAUGCAGAAAUUCUCAUCUACUCAAAAAAAUGGCUUCUGUUCUGCACAAACACUUGGAUAACUAUAAUCUAUUACAGUUGGUAAAGUUAACACAGUACUUGGUGGUAUUGCGUUGCCACAAUCUGGAGCUGUUUGCCAAACUGAGGAUGUUACUACUUGGGUUUUUAAAACCUAGUGUCAUACCUGCUGAUACAGCUGCAAUAAUUCGUGUUCUGGCCAUGCUUCCUUCCUUUCAAGUGGAGGAAACCAUUAUAAACAAAGCAGCAACAGUUCUGCCUCAGUGUAGGCUCCAUCAUUUGAAUUGCAUCGCUACAGCUCUUGUCAAAUGGAAUCAUUAUGACCAGUUGCACUGGCAAAACAGUUCUGACCUACAUGUAAAGCUUCUGCAAAAAGUAAAUGACUGUGCAUUUCAGAGGCUUCAGAAAGCCAACAAUUUAAAUCUUCUGUUGGAAGAAUUUACACAUCUGAAUGGAGAGUGGUUUAAAGAAGUCCUCAGUGAGGAAACUAUGGCUGUGUGUCUAUGUUUGAUAGACCAGAUAACAUGGGCAAAUGUAUCACAGUUGUCUUUUUUCCUCAUAAAAACAAACCACCAUUGUCCUUCAUUACUUGACCAAAUAGCUUCUGUGACUGUUGAAAACAUAGACAAGAUCCACCCCUUUGAAAUCUAUUUUAUUCUCUUCCUUUUCUCUGCUCUGAAUUAUGACCCGCCUGCUGAUGAAGAGUUCUUUGAAAAUUGUAUCCAACAUCUUACUUCUAACUUAAGUUGUUUUGAAGCUCAUCAGUUGGUGCUGCUUGGUCAUGUUUUGGCAGUGGCUGGGUAUUUUCCUCCACUUCUGAUAAACAAGAUAUUUAAUGUAUCUUUCCUAAGUGAACUGGCUGCUCAACUUGAAGUCCUGCCUGAUGCCCUAAAGCGGAGGGUCCGUUCCCGCCUCAUGAAGUUGAACAGAGCAGUCUGUCUGGAAUGCCCGGAGUUGCACAUCCCUUGGUUUCAUGAGCGCGACUGCCAGCGUGUCUUCCAUAACAGCAGUAGCCGAAUAAAUCCACUGCGACAGCAUGUUCACAGAGUGCUGACAGAGAUCUUAGGAGGGAGCAAUUAUGCAAGAAUAUCUGUUCUCACACCAUACUACUAUCAAAUAGAUUUUGAGUGUAUUAUGGAUGAAAAUAAAAAGCCUCUUCCCUAUAUAGCUCAGAAUAUACCUUUGGAGGGAAUACACUUGCGACAUGACAUGAACAAUGCAAGGAAAAAUACCCUGCCUCCUGGAGCUCAGAGAAUUGCUUUGGAAUUUCUUGAUUCAAAAGCUUUUAGCAAAAAUUCACGUCACCUGAAAGGAGAACCUGCAAUGAAAAAACGACACCUGGAAAUGCUGGGAUACCGGGUAGUUCAGAUUCCUCACUUUGAAUGGAAUUCUAUGGUUCUGUCGACAAAAGGUGAACAGCUAGAAUAUCUAAGAAAGCAUCUAUGUGGAAUACACUGA